GAGCCGGCGGCCGGAUUGAUUCGCCUGCGUCGGGCUCUGGCCGAGGGGGGAGGGGGGAGGGGCGCUGCCCGCUUGAUUCGGUCGCGUCCGACUCCCGAUUGAUUCGCCCGCUCGCUCCGCGCGUCUGUCUCCAGCUCAGAUCGAUGUAACACCUAAGUGCCCUAGUCACGGACCAGGAUCCCAAUGUGUUAGGUGACAUACAAACACUGGACAGAAAGACAGUCCCUGUUGCAAAGAGCUUUCAAUUAUGUGGAUCCCUCCCGGCCCAGGGAGCGGCCGGCCACCUUCAUCCGCACCGGGCACCCCUUGGCACUCAUCCCCACUCGCGCCAAGCUGUGGCAGCUGCGCUUGAAAACCCGGCUGCUCCGGGGCGACUUGCGGAUUUUGGAUCCCAGCGUGGAAGACUCGGGCAUCUACACCUGCCGCCGCGGCGACGCCAUGCUGGCCUACUACGAGGUGGAUUUCCAAGAUGCCGGGCGCCUCCACAUCAGCCACGCCAGCCUGGGAGAGGCCGCCCUGGCUAACACCACCGUGGAGCUGGCCGGCGGGACACGGGGGCAGCUGUUCACCGCCUGGGCGCGCUGGCAGCCCUGCGACCGCUGUGGCGGCCCCGGCGAGAGGAAGCGGGUGGGGUUCUGCUACGCCCGGCUGGCAUCGCGCCCCCAGGGGCCCCUGCCAUGCGGGCUGGCUGGGCGAGGGCUGCCCCAGCGGGGGCCGGAACUGCGGGUGGAGAGCUGUGAGGUGCCAUGUGACAGGGCCUACACCCCCAGCCGGGAUGAAUGGGGCAAGGCCCCCCUCCUUGUCAUCACCCACUACCGAGCCCUGCCCCACGCCAGCGCCAGACUGAGGUGCCCAACAGCCUCCAUAUACAGCCCCGUGUACUGGCAGGAAGGCCCCAUCGCCCUGACCUGGCUGGACCUUCAUCAACGCAACGGCUCCAUCGUCCUGGACAAGGCGACCGGCGGCGGGACCCUGCUGCUUUCCUCCUGGAACGGCACCGAUGCCGGCUAUUACCAGUGCUACGUGGGCGGCCGGCUGGUGGGCCGGUUCCUGGUCACCCCGCCUAGGGUGCUGGCCCCCGCCCCGGAGCUGACCCGCGCCUACUCAGCCAUCGAGUCCCUGGUGGUGGGGCUGGCCAUCUUCCUCAUCUUCCUCCUCUUCCUCAGCAUCCUGCAAUCCUGCCGCAGGAAGCCAGGAGCCAUCAUGGCUUGAGGGGGCUGCAGCUGACAUCGGCUCGAGGGGCUGGGGAAUAAACAUA